AUGGCGGGACGAGGGCGAGUUCCUUCCUCCACCACCACCACCACCACCACCUCAGAUUUGGAAAACUCGUCGCGCGAAUCGCAGAUCUCGGCGGUUAUCAAUCAAUGGGAGGUCCAGUACUCGCGGUUCUUAAGCAAUAGCUCCUGCACCGGUAAGCGCACCCACCCCUCUCUGUCGCCCUUUCGUCGACUUACAGGCGGGACCUGGAUAUCGGCGACCGCCGCCUCUCUCAAGCUGGAGUACCGCCGGCCGUUCACGGGCGCGUGCGGUGCAGUCAUCGUGGUCGUUAUUCGGUCUGAAGUGCUCGAGGAGCACUGCAUAACCUUGAUGAAUUUCUCCUGGCCCCAAGUAUCGUGUGGACCAGGAUUUCCUGAACGUGGUUGUAGGAGUGUUUUUGUGAGCUACAAAGAUGGUGUUGGCCAGUUACAGAAAUUCGCCCUACUUUUCUCGACCAUCCACGAUUCGGGAACAUUCAUGGCUACUGUGAAGGAAAUCAUGGAAAGCGGAAAAACUAAGUUGAUUGAGAGCCCUGUUUCUAAAUCCAAAAUGUCAUCUCAAGAUGAAGUUGCAUCUUUUGAUGUACCUGCACACAGAAAUGAGGUGGAUCAAAUGUGGAAAGCAGCAGAAGUCAAUAGCAAUAGCACCCAAGUUAUGCUUCCUAGCUCCAAGCUUGAUAAAGUUCAAGAUUCAGAAUCACAAGAAAAAAUAGUAGCCUAUGAACCUGAUAAUGCAAUGCCUGUGCUUCCACCAAGUUUCUCACAAUUGAUGAAGAACUGUUACCCUGCAGUUUCUGAAGAAAAGCCAAUAGAACUUGAAGGCGAUAUCAAAACCCAGUUCAUGCGAUACCUGGAGAGAACUUCUUUUACUGAUUUAUUGGCUACGGUAGAGGAUGUUAUCGGUGUUCUGGAUGGAGAUAUUGAGCUGUAG